AGAGACUGACGUCUGGUUAGAAUCCAUUGUGGAGCAACGUCUGGGUCAGGCUUGGAGCUGUGUUAUUGGCAUCAGGAACACCUUUGUUCUUCCUCCCCAAACAUGAGCUCAGAGGGGCAGAAGGGCAAGAAGAGAUACAAAUCUCAAUUCUGUGGCAAUGCCAAGAGGCAGAAGCGCCGCCAUGAUCUUGAGGUUGGAAUGCAAGGGAUCCUGAUCACCUGUAACAUGAAUGAGCGGAAAUGUGUAGCAGAAGCCUACAGCCUACUGAAUGAAUACGGGGAUCAGAUGUAUGGUCCCGAGAAGCUAAGUGAGAAAGACGAUGGGCUGACAGAAAGUGAGGAGGAUGAUGAUGAUGCAGAAGCAGCUCUAAAAAAAGAAGUUGAUCAAAUUCGCACUUCAACCGAGAAAAACCUGCGGAGAUUUCAGUCUGUGGAAAGUGGAGCAAACAAUGUUGUUUUUAUUAGGACACUGAAUGUGGAGCCUGAGAAGUUUGUGCAUCACAUAUUUAAAGACGUAUACACAUCUAAGAAGAAGAAGACCAGGGUCAUCCUCCGCAUGCUGCCAGUCUCUGGUACAUGUAAGGCUUUUCUUGAGGACCUGAAGAAAUACGCGGAGACAUUUUUUGCACCCUGGUUCAAAUCUCCCAACAAGGGAACCUUUCAGAUUGUAUAUAAAGCCCGGAACAACAACCAUAUGAACAGAGAAGAAGUGAUCAAGGAACUAGCAGGGAUUGUUGCAAGCCAGAACCCAGAAAACAAGGUGGAUUUGAGUAAGCCAGAAAACACUAUCAUAGUUGAAAUCAUAAAGAAUGUCUGCUGCCUUAGUGUUGUGAAGGACUAUACUGUGUUCAGGAAGUACAAUCUGCAGGAGGUGGUGAAGAGCAGUAAUGAGGAUAAUCCCCAACAGCCCACCAAGGAGAACAAAGAAGACACUCCAAAUUCUGCAGACAGCUAGAACUGUAUGUGAUGGGUUUUCAGCAAUACUUUUUAUGUUUUAUGGUAUUUACCUUUUAGGUCAUUUUAUGACCUGCACUAAAUCCUGUGUUUUGAUGGUGAUUACAUUUGACUGCAAUACAAAGGUAUUUCAGUUAUUUUGUCACCCGCAUUGGAGGGCAUUUAGUACAGGCAACAAAACAUUUCAUGUAUCGGCACUCUUAAAGGAUAAGUAAACCUUUAAAAUAAGUGUAAAAUUGAUGAGACUUUUGUCAUUUACAUUCAUUAUUUAUUUUCUUUUUAUUCCAAGGGAAUACAUGUCCUGUUCAUAUAAAUGAAUUUUGUUACAACAGCGCCACUUGCUGGUCAGUUUCCCACCAGUCUGACCACCAAGUAGUCAAGGAAGUUGUCAAGAGAUAGAAAGAGGCUGCUCUGAUGUUCUUCUGUUUAGGAAAGAUUUGAGAAAUGUUUCUAAUUGUUUUCCUAAGCAGAAGAACAUCAGAGCAGCCUCUUUCUUUCUCCUGACAACUUCCUUGACUACUCUGUGGUCAGACUGACCAGAAACUGACCAGCGGGUGGUGCUGUUGGAACAAAAUUCAUUCAUAUUAACAGGACAUGUAUCCCUUACUAUCUUGGAAUAAAAAGAAAAUUAAACAAUGAACGUAAAUGACAAAAGUGCUUAGAAUAGCACUCUCAUCAAUUUUACAUUCACUUAUUUUAAAGGUUUACUUAUGCUUUAAAGUGCACUCUGCUGUACUUGUUUAGUAUAAGCACAAUACACACGCAAAUGUGUUAUGUCUCCACUAACUCCCACCCCACGUACCACUAGAGUUUGAUGCUCCUCAGAAGACACCCCUGCCUACCAUUUUGUGCUACUUGUACUUGUAGGUCAGUAGAUGUUGUAAUGGUAUAGUUCCACUCUUUACCCUCUUCGAUGAACCCAGUGAAUUUAUUAAGUAAAAUAAAACAGCACCUGGAUUAUGUAGUUUGUAUUCUGUAUAAAUCAGGUGCCGUAUAUUAGUGGCCUGGUGUAAGAUUUUAUACAUUCUAGUAUGUAGGGCUUUUCUUCUCCUGGUUACGAGUGGAUGCUGUGGGGUACUGUAGUUUAUACUU